AUGGAACUUGAGGCGCCUCCAUCGGUGCUUAGCACGCCGAUUAAAAAGAUCCGCAACCUCACGCUUAACAGCCCUUCGAGCCCGCUUCUGAACUUCGCAAAAACGAGCCCUCGAUCCCAAAAUGCCGUCAGAUACCCCAGUAUGAGUGAUCUACCCGCCAGUGAUCCGAUUUUCAGCAGUAUGGUCGAAAAGGGCUACUCACAGACAAUAAGCAAUAAAGUCUUAGUCGAGCUUGACAACCGUGCAAACGAAAUCACGACGCGAAUUGCCUCAAAACCGCUACCGACAAAGAAAAAGCGUUAUUCGGGGGUUCACCGCCCACUUUUUGCAAAGAUGGAGUCCAUUCUGGCUCACUACGCUGCCACACGUGCACAGAAAGAACCGCUGCCCCAAAAAGAAUAUUCAGGAAGUGCAACUAAGAAACGGCGCACGCUAAAUGGUCCGGAGGAGAUCUUUGGCGACUUGGCCGCCGAUGACGAGUCGCCCGUGCGCCGACGCGACGCAGACCUGACUACGAACAUGGACAUUGACUCUUCAGAUCCAAGUUUGCUCCGACAGGGCCUUCUCACGACGGAGAAACCUCAUUUGGAGCCUGUUUCUCAGAUUCCAGCACCCCUGGUUCCGUUUGGAAGGCUGUCCCCCUUUCUGACACGGUCGAGCCUUUCGCCGUCAAGAAAUAACCGUAUUUCGCCUUCCAAGGGCUCUAUGAACUUGAAUGGACUUUUAAAUGACGAUUCUGCCUUUGUCAAACCGGCAGUUCCAAAAUCACGCCAGAGCUCUUUGCAAAUGGCAGGUGUUUCGCCGGGAUAUUACAGAAACACAUCUUUCUCUCCUCUUCAAAGCGGCCAAUCUAAUUCUGAUCUCCACAAAAUGCUGCACGGAUCGCUCCAUAAAAAAUCUUCUAUUCCUUCUCUUCAAAAGAAAACCUCCAUCCCAAGUCUUCAGAAAAAACCAUCGAUCCCCACCCUCCAAAAGAAGCCUUCUAUUCCCUCGCUACAAAAGAAAACUUCUAUCCCUACACUUCAGAAGAAACCCUCUGUUCCAUCUCUUCUGAAAAAGUCAUCGGUGGCUUCUCCAAAGAAGCUGACUUCUGUUGCAUCUCUCCAAAAGCCACGUUUGAUGGCAAAAAACAUUUCCUCGCAAUCUUUACGGACGGUGUCAUCUCCUAAGCCCCUUUGUGAAUCUGCAUCCAGAACAAAAGAUAUGCUGAUACCCCCUUCCCCUCUGGGCGGCCUACGUUCACAUUUUGCUUCUCACACACUUCAGAAACAACCUUCAAGCACCAGUCUUCGGUCGAACGUUACAAUUCCCAAACCAUUUUCGCUUUAUGAUAAGCCAACAGUAUCGUCGUCACAAAAGAGUCUUAAUUCUCUGGUGAGCAAUAGGACCCUAGAAGACGCGCGGUCUGCAAGUCAGAGGUCGCUCAACAGAUUCCAGCGGUUCAAGAACAGGUUUUCUUAG